AGCGCCGGUGGAUGGCUUCAUUGUAAUUCUGGCGUCGUUGGUAUUGGCGGAUUUUUAGCGAUCUAGGGUUUGCAAUCUAUUGCGAUUGAAAAUUUGGGGAUUUUCAUUGCUCUCGAGUUCUUGGACCGUGAUUUUCUUGCGAACAUCGUAUCAUCAAUUCUCGUUGCCCUUUUGGCUUCACUGGAAGUGAACAGAUUGCUGCAUCUAGGUUCCUUGCAGAAUAUUAUUUAACUAUAUGCAACCAAUUCAUCUACUGAUUUCUUAUGCCUUCUCUUCUCAUCCAAUCUCCUUAUUGUUUCUGAUUGGCAUUAUCAGUAUUUGAUGAAUAUGCUUUAAAGCGGUUCAAUAUGUGUUGGAGUUCAUAUUUGAGUCUUUGUUUUUGAACCUGCUUAGCAUCAUCUUCUUGACCAUCAUUUUGUAUUUCUUUCUCUUCAUUUUCUCUAUUAUUACUGUUAUAUUUGUCACUCCUUUGAGAGAAAUUCAAACUGAUACUCCUUUAAACCAACUUCAUGGCUUGGAUUGAACCAAGAUUCUUAUUUUGCAUAUAUUUUUGGCCUUUCUGUUGUUUGCCUCCUUUCUAUAAUUAUAUGCUUCCUCCUGCAAAAGCAUCUGGCACCUGUGCUUCCUCCAUAGUUGCCUUUCAAGCAUCCUUGAGAUACAUAAGAUGCCAAGGACAAGAGCGAAUGCUGCUACUGUUAAGGCAGCUGAACCAGUAAAGCCUGUUGAAACUGAAGAGCAGGUGGAGCUGGAUGAUCCUGAGGAUGCAAUGGAAGAGGAGGUUGAGUAUGAAGAAGUUGAGGAGGAAAUUGAGGAGGUGGAAGAAGAAGAAGAGGAAGUUAUUGAGGAGGAGGAGGAUGUUGAAGAAUAUGAUGGUGAGGAUAUAGCCGGUAAUGGAGUCAAGUCAAAUGUUGCUCCUGGGGGUGACAAUAGAAUGAAGGAAGAUGAGAAGGAAGGAGCUGACAGUGACCUACAUGCUGAACUUCUUGCUCUUCCUCCACAUGGCUCUGAAGUCUAUGUUGGUGGCAUUCCUCAUGACACCUCUGAAGCUGAUUUAAAGAGCUUCUGUGAGUCUGUUGGGGAAGUAACUGAGGUUAGAUUGAUGAAAAGCAAGGACUCAUCGGAGAACAAAGGUUAUGCAUUUGUUACUUUCAGAACUAAAGAAUUGGCGACUAAGGCGAUAGAAGAUCUGAAUAAUUCUGAAUUCAAGGGAAGGAAGAUCAAGUGCUCGACCUCUCAAGCAAAACAUAGACUGUUUAUCGGCAAUGUUCCAAGAAACUGGGUAGAGGAUGAUCUAAAAAAGGUCGUCACAAAGAUUGGCCCUGGAGUUAAUAAAGUGGAUCUGAUGAAGGAUCCACAGAAUUCCAGCCGUAAUCGUGGUUAUGCUUUCAUUGAGUAUUACAAUCAUGCCUGUGCUGAAUAUUCUAGGAAGAAGAUGUCCACUCCGAAGUUCAAGUUGGACUCAAAUGCCCCUACUGUAAGCUGGGCGGACCCAAAGAGUGGAGAUUCCAGUUCCAGUUCUCAGGUAAAGGCCGUUUAUGUUAAAAAUUUGCCUAAGGAUGUAACAAGUGAUCAACUAAAAAAGCUGUUUGCGCAUCAUGGUGAAAUUACCAAAGUUGUGCUUCCUCCUGCCAAGUCUGGGCAGGAUAAGCGAUAUGGGUUUGUUCAUUUUGAAGAGCGUUCGACUGCGAUGAAAGCACUCAAGAACACCGAGAGAUAUGAACUUAAUGGUGAAAUUCUUGAGUGUUCUCUUGCAAAACCUCCUGCUGAUAAGAAAAAUGAACCAGUCUCUAAUGCCCAGAAAGGUGCUCUGUUGCCAAAUUAUCCACCCCGAAUCGGACAUGGACUGAUGGGUGGUGCUUAUCCUUUAAUGCCAGGUUUUGGACAGCCAAUGAUAUAUGGUCGGGGACAAACCCCCGCUGGCAUGGCGAUGGUGCCAAUGAUAUUACCUGAUGGGCGUCUAGGAUAUGUCCUGCAACAACCUGGAGCACCUAUGCCUCCAGCACCGCGUAGUGGUGGGGGCGGUGGUGGUGGUGGUGGUGGUGCAGGUAGCAGUCGAGGCGGCAACUCUCAUGGCGGACGGAAAAACAAUGAUAAUGACCGCGGCCGAAGAUUUCGCCCAUACUGAACUUCUUCAACCUUCUUAUCCUUUAUGGCUUGUGCAAAGCAUAUUAGCUUGUAACAUUAUCCUUUACUCAGUGUUUCUGUUUUUAAGGAAAAAAGAUGUGAUAGUUUUGCCACCCAUCUUUAGAAUUUGAAGAGUAGGGGCCUAAUUAUCAAAUCUUUGGUGAUGAACAAAUAUAACCUUAUGACUAGUGUUAUAUUUCCUUGCUUUGAUGAUC